AUGUAUGUCAGGAGGAUGACGGCUCAUAGGAAGAAUGAACCUCUACUCAUCUACUGUUUUCAGGACAGUUUGGCUGGUCCAGCACUCACGUGGUAUAUGAAUUUGAAGGGUAUCACUACUUUUGAGGAAUUGGCUAAUGCCUUCAUCCAGCAGUAUAAAUAUAACUCUUAUCUGGCCCCUAACCGGAAAGAGCUGCAAGCUAUGACUCAGGGUGAUAAGGAAUCUUUCAAAGAGUAUGCCCAGCGCUUCAUUCAGAAAUCUGCUCAAAUUCGUCCGCCUUUGGAAGAAAGAGAAGUGGCUGAUCUGUUCUAUGAGACUCUGAGCCCUUUCUACUCAGAGAAGAUGCUUCUUUGUGCUUCACAGAAGUUUACCGACAUGGUAGACGCGGGUGUUCGUAUUGAAGAAUGGGUCCGUAAGGGACGGGGUAGUAAAGAUGGUGCCUCUUCAGGUGGUUAUUCAGGAAGUUUGACAAGUGGGUCAUCCAAUGGUAAUAGGAAGUUCGGAAAUGGGUACCCAAAGAAGAAUCCUCAAGAGGUCGGCAUGGUGGCUCAUGGCGGAUCCCAACCUGUAUACCCCAACUACCCCUAUGUUGCUAAUAUUCCAUCACCCAUCUCAGAUCCACAAAACCCAAACUAUCAACCACAAAGGCCUCAAGCCCACCGUCCAUAUUAUCCACCACUAUAUCAAUCACAACCUUAUCAGCCACAACCGUUUUACCAACAACCAUACUAUCCCUUUCCACCACAACAACAACAGCCUCGUCGGCCUCGUCCUCCACCACAACAACAACAGCCUCGUCAGCCUCGCCCUCCAAGAAAUCAAUUCCCUCCUAUCCCUAUGUUGUUUGGAGACUUGUUACCUUCCCUACUUGCUAGGGGUCUUGUUCAGGUUAAACCACGUCCCCUGGUGCCGAACCCUUUACCUCAUUGGUAUCGCCCAGACCUUACUUGUGAAUUCCAUCAAGGGGCACCAGGGCACGACAUUGAGCACUGUUACCCUCUCAAAGACGCAGUCCAAAGAUUGAUUCACAACAAGGACUUAUCUUUCAAUGACCCUGACCCUGUUGCUCCAAACAACCCUCUGCCACCUCAUGGGCCGACCGUUAACAUGAUUGAGAAUUAUCAGGAAGAUGGUCUCGUCACCAACGCUCAAGAUGUCAGAACCCCGUUGGUUCCAAUGCAUGUGAAGAUGUGUAACAUAGGUAUGUUUAGCCACGAUCAUAUCAAUUGUGAGGUGUGUUCUACGGAUCCCCACGGGUGCAUUCAAGUUCAAAAUGAUGUACAAGGGUUAAUGGAUCAAGGAGAGCUGGUUGUCACAAGAGAAGAUAAGAACAUUUCCGUUGUAAUUCCUGUGUUUAAGGAUAGGACGAAACCAAUUGGUGUUGUUACUCCGAUAUUCAAAGACAAUGCCAAGACAGUUGUCGAUCCUCUGGCAAUUUGCAUAGAGGAUGGUAAAGGGGUACUUUUGAGUCCUUCAACUUCGGUAGAUAACAUUGCUGAGAGUAGUCAAAUUCUGAGAAGUGGACGUAUUCUUCCGGCUGUUGUACAAGCAAAGAACAAAGCUCCGAUGAUAGAAUCAGUGCCAAUACCAGAUCCUAGCAAGGGUAAAAGUGUGGGUCAACCUAGUGGAACUGACAACGAUGAAAUUUUGAAACUAAUCAAGAAAAGUGAUUAUAAGAUAGUGGAUCAGUUAUUGCAAACUCCAUCCAAGAUUUCUAUCAUGUCACUAUUGACAAGUUCUGAUGCUCAUAGGGAGGCCUUGAUGAAAGUGUUGAAUCAGGCCUACGUAGACCAUGAUGUGACUUUGGAUCAAUUUGGGAGCAUUGUUGGAAAUGUGACGGCAUGCAACAAUCUGAGUUUCAGUGAGGAAGACCUCCCGGUGGAGGGGAAAAAUCAUAACAUGGCCUUCCAUAUCUCUGUUAUAUGCAAAACAGAUUAUCUAUCCAAUGUCUUGAUAGACAACGGUUCUUCCCUCAAUGUGAUGGCGAAGACAACCUUCGAUAAAUUGACAUAUUCAGACGGAUUUAUCAGGCCCAGUUGCGUGUCAGUAAGGGCAUUUGAUGGAUCCAGGAAGACGGUGUGGGGAGAAAUAGAUUUACCUAUCACUAUUGGGCCCCAAGAGUUUAAAGUUACAUUCCAGAUAAUGGAUAUUCAAGCUUCCUACAGCUGUUUACUUGGUAGACCAUGGAUUCAUGAAGCAGGGGCAGUAACAUCCACUCUUCACCAAAAGCUAAAGUUUGUGAGUCAUGGAAAGCUUGUUACAGUGAGUGGAGAAUCAGCUCUUUUGGUUAGCCAUUUGUCGUCCUUUUCCUUCAUUGGUGGUGAAAGUUCGGAUGGAACGUCAUUCCAAGGGCUCUCGGUUGAAAGCGGUACUACAAAGGGUGAAACAUGCAUGGCCUCUCUAAGGGAUGCUCAGAGAGUAAUUCAAGAAGGAAAAGCGGAAGGCUGGGGGCAAUUAGUACAGUUGCCCGAGAACAAGCGCAAAGAAGGUCUGGGUUUCUCUGGCAAUAAGCAAGUGGUGUUCGACCCAACUAGGGGCACUUUUCACAGUGCCGGAUUCAUUAAUACACCACCUGAGACUAAUGCAAUUUUGGAAGAUCAAUCAGAACAGGUGGCACCUGACUUUGUGACUCCUGAUGGAAACUGCUGCAACUGGAUUGCAUUUGACAUCCCUUCUGCGAUACCUUUUUCUAAACUGAACAUAAGUGAGCCCGUUGAACGUAGUGACCCUAUGCUUCCGCCCAACUUAGAGUUCCCUGUUUAUGAGGCUUGGGUAGAGGAGGAUGAAGAGAUUCCUAAUGAGCUCAGAUGGAUGUUAGAGCAAGAAAGAAAAGCCAUUCAGCCUCAUAAGGAAGAAAUAGAAUCGAUCAACCUGGGUACUGAGGAAGAUAAGAAAGAGAUUAAGAUUGAAGCGUCAUUAGAGGCAUCUGUCAAGAAUAGGAUAAUUGAGCUUCUCAGAGAGUAUGAUGAUAUAUUUGCGUGGUCCUACAAAGACAUGCCGGGGUUAGACCCUGAUGUUGUUGAACAUCGUUUGCCUCUAAAGCCCGAGUGUCCUCCAGUCAAGCAGAAGUUAAGAAGAUCUCAUCCAGAUAUGGCUCUCAAGAUCAAAGAGGAAGUGCGAAAGCAAAUUGACGCAGGUUUCUUGAUUACCUCUGAAUAUCCUCAAUGGUUGGCUAACAUAGUGCCCGUUCCGAAGAAAGAUGGUAAGGUCAGAAUGUGUGUUGACUAUCGGGAUUUGAACAAAGCUAGUCCGAAGGAUGAUUUCGCCUUACCUCACAUUGAUGUAUUGGUUGAUAGUACUGCUAGAUGCAAGGUGUUCUCCUUCAUGGAUGGAUUUUCUGGGUAUAACCAAAUCAAGAUGGCUCCGGAAGAUAGAGAAAAGACGUCUUUCAUCACGCCAUGGGGCGCUUUCUGCUACUUAGUAAUGCCAUUUGGAUUGAUAAAUGCUGGCGCCACUUACCAGAGAGGCAUGACUAAAAUAUUCCAUGAUAUGAUACAUAAAGAGAUUGAAGUAUAUGUGGAUGAUAUGAUUGUCAAGUCAGGCACUAAAGAAGAACAUGCUGAGUAUUUGUUAAAGAUGUUUCAACGGUUGAGAAAGUACAAACUCCGGUUGAAUCCUAACAAAUGUACCUUCGGUGUUAGAUCUGGCAAGCUCUUGGGUUUUAUCGUUAGUCAGAAAGGUAUUGAAGUAGAUCCCGACAAAGUCAAAGCUAUCAGGGAAAUGCCGGCUCCAAGGACAGAGAAACAAGUUAGAGGUUUUUUGGGAAGAUUGAACUACAUCUCCAGAUUCAUCUCCCAUAUGACUGCCACAUGUGGACCGAUAUUCAAGUUACUCCGUAAAGAUCAGGGCAUCGUUUGGACGGAAGAUUGCCAGAAAGCUUUUGAUAGCAUCAAAGGGUAUUUGUUAGAACCUCCGAUUCUUGUCCCUCCAGUUGAAGGAAGGCCUUUGAUCAUGUACUUGACUGUGUUGGAUGAUUCUAUGGGCUGCGUGCUUGGUCAACAAGACGAAACUGGAAAGAAAGAGCAUGCCAUUUACUACUUGAGUAAGAAGUUUACUGAUUGUGAGUCCCGAUAUUCUAUGCUUGAGAAAACUUGUUGCGCUUUGGCAUGGGCCGCUAAGCGUCUCCGUCACUACAUGGUUUACCACACUACUUGGUUGAUAUCCAAAAUGGAUCCGAUCAAGUACCUUUUUGAGAAGCCGGCAUUAACAGGAAGAAUUGCUCGUUGGCAGAUGUUAUUGUCUGAAUAUGAUAUUGUGUAUCGCACUCAGAAAGCCAUCAAGGGUAGUGUUCUUGCUGACCAUUUGGCUCAUCAACCAAUUGAAGACUAUCAGCCUAUCAAGUUUGAUUUCCCAGAUGAAGAGAUCAUGUAUUUAAAGAUGAAAGAUUGUGAUGAACCGUUGUUUGGUGAAGGUCCUGAUCCAGACUCUAAGUGGGGUUUGAUUUUUGAUGGAGCCGUCAAUGUCUUUGGUAAUGGGAUAGGGGCAGUUAUCCUUACUCCUAAAGGUACUCACAUCCCUUUCACUGCAAGACUCCGGUUUGAUUGCACGAACAAUAUUGCAGAAUAUGAAAUCAAAGGAAAAUGGGAAACUCACCAUGCUGGAAUGAUUCCUUACAGAGACUAUGCAAGACGUUUAUUGACUUUCUUCAACAAGGUGGAGUUGCACCACAUUCCUCGGGAUGAGAAUCGAAUGGCAGAUGCCUUAGCAACUUUAUCUUCAAUGAUCAAGGUGAAUCGAGGCAACGACGUGCCUCUAAUCAGUGUCAAGUUCCUUGAUAGGCCCGCUUAUGUGUUUGUAGCCGAAGUAGUUUUCGAUGAUAAGCCGUGGUUUCAUGAUAUUAAAGUGUUUCUUCAAACUCAAGAGUACCCUCCUGGGGCAUCCCGUAAAGAUAAGAGAACUCUAAGAAGACUGUCUGGCAAUUUCUUCCUGAGUGGAGACGUCUUGUACAAAAGAAACUUUGAUUCAGUUUUGCUCAGAUGUGUGGACCGACGUGAAGCAGAUUUAUUAAUGCAUGAGAUACACGAAGGCUCGUUCGGGACUCAUUCUAGUGGAUAUUCAAUGGCUAAGAAGGCAUUGAGAGCAGGCUACUACUGGAUAACGAUGCAUGCUGACUGUCAUCAUUAUGCCAAGAAGUGCCACAAGUGCCAAAUUUAUGCUGAUAAGAUUCAUGUUCCACCGUCUAUGCUCAAUGUUAUCUCUUCUCCAUGGCCGUUUUCUAUGUGGGGCAUUGAUAUGAUUGGUCGAAUCGAACCAAAAGCUUCCAAUGGACAUCGUUUCAUACUAGUGGCUAUUGACUACUUCACCAAAUGGGUCGAAGCGGCAUCUUAUGCUAAUGUGACCAAACAAGUAGUAGUCCGAUUUAUCAAGAACAAUAUCAUAUGCCGUUAUGGCGUUCCCAACAAAAUCAUCACGGAUAAUGGCACGAAUUUGAACAAUAAAAUGAUGAAGGAAUUAUGUGAUGGUUUCAAGAUCGAGCAUCAUAACUCGUCUCCUUAUAGACCUCAGAUGAAUGGUGCGGUCGAAGCUGCAAACAAGAAUAUUAAGAAGAUCGUGCAGAAGAUGGUGGUUACCUAUAAAGACUGGCAUGAGAUGUUUCCCUACGCUUUGUAUGGUUAUCAUACUUCAGUGCGUACUUCAACAGGGGCAACCCCUCUUUCUUUGGUAUAUGGGACGGAAGCGAUACUUCCGGUAGAAGUUGAAAUCCCGUCAUUGAGGGUCUUGAUGGAAGCUGAGCUGUCAGAGGCUGAAUGGUGUCAAAAUAGGAAUGAUCAGUUGAAUUUCAUUGAGGAAAAACGCAUGGCUGCUUUAUGUCAUGGACAGCUAUAUCAGACAAGGAUGAAACAAGCGUUCGAUAAAAAGGUUCGUCCCCGUGAAUUUAAAGAAGGUGACCUGGUGGUCAAGAGUAUCAAGUCUUUCCAACCAGACCCCAGGGGAAAGUGGACACCUAAUUAUGAAGGUCCCUAUGUGGUGAAGAGAGCUUUUUCUGGUGGUGCUUUAAUUCUUACAACUAUGGAUGGAGAGGAGUUACCUCGUCCUGUGAAUUCUGAUGCAGUCAAGAAA